CAUGGCACAGCAGCAAGCAGCAAAAGAAGCUCAAGUUCAGAGCGAUUUUACUUUGCUGAGAGACAACAAAGCAAAGGAGCUGCCAAAAUGUGCAAAGGGCUAGCUGCCUUACCAGCAACAUGCCUCGAAAGGGCCAAAGAAAUAAAAACGAAACUGGGCAUUCUGCUGCAGAAGCCGGAGAUGAUCUCUGAGUACAUCAUCCCGUACUCAGAUAAAGCUGAGAAAUCAGCCAAACCCCACAGGCCUUCCCAACUGGAGGCACUGCAGUGGCGUGAAUCUCUGGAGAAGCUUCUGAUGAACAACUAUGGGCAGGCUGCCUUCAAAGCUUUUCUCCAGUCAGAACAUAGUGAGGAGAACAUUGAGUUCUGGAUGGCCUGUGAGGACUACAAAGCAACCAAAUCACCCAUUCAGCUGGCCUCCAAGGCAAAGAAGAUCUUUGAGGAUUUCAUUGAAAAAGAGGCUCCAAAAGAGGUCAAUGUUGAUCACUACACCAAGGAGAUCACCAUGAAGAGCCUUGUUGAACCUUCACCUUCAACCUUUGAACUGGCUCAGAAGAGAGUGCUGAAUUUGAUGGAGAAGGAUUCAUUCAGCAGGUUUCUGAAAUCUGAACUCUAUCUGGAGCUGAUAAAGUAACAAUGUAGCUGGGCUGUGCAAAGGGAGGGUGAAAUAAGACCAUUAAUAUCUCCACAUAGUCGCUAACUGAAUAUUCUCUCAUUGCUGUUAGCUAAAAAAAAAUUAUUCCAAGUGUUACUUCUUUAAACCUUUGGGCACCAUGCUGACAUCAUUUAAAUCUAACACUUGUCUUUGCAUAGCCCGGAAAUAAACAGGCACCAUUUAUGGAAAAGUGUACCUUUAAUGUGUGCUUGUCUUUUAUGUGUGCUUAUUUUUUUCCUUAUUUUUCCAAAGAUUAUAUCCAAUGAUGAGUAACCAUGUGGCUUCAAAUAAAUUUUUGGGCAAUUCAAAUCAUUCCUUUAGAAUUGCUGGCACCAUCAGGACACAAACUGGGGGAGAUAAAAAUCUUUCGAUAAAAGGCAGAAAGUAAAAAAUUCCUAGUCCUUCCACUGAGCGAACACCAUUCAUCAUUCCUAUAUCUCUGUACAGUUCAGAGAACAAAUGUUAAGAAAGGUUUUUAAUUGGUGUUAUCAAAGUUUGUAUAUUUACUAGUGAAGCCCACUACAAAUAUAUCACACAUCACUAAGGAUACACUUUUAAUCUACAGUAAAUAUUCUGAGAGUUUACUUUAACCUACAGAAGCAGCGCCAAUGUGCAGAGUAUACAAUGCACAUACCAGCAGAUGCAGCCUAUACAUUUACAUAGCUUUACAUAGAUACAAGUCUUUAUAAACCAUUUAUUCUGGCAGUUUAUAUUGCUCAUACAGAUCAACAUCUUUACUGUGGUGAGGUGUGGCUAUUCCAUCUAAUUUGUAGACUGCAUUGUACACUAUGAAGACUGGCACAAGUUCAUACAAUCAUUCAUCUGGUCACACCAAAGCAUUUAGGUAUAAGAAACAAAUCUCCCUUUUUCACUUGAAGUAAUUUUCAAUAACCAGCACAUUGUUCAAUCAGGAUAUGCACAUUAAUUCCUCAAUGAUCCAUGAUAUUUCAGUGGCAACACAACAUUGUAUCACAGAUACUUCACUGGCAGAGGCAGGCUGAGCAUAGUACUUCACUAUAUUGGAUAUUUAACCAUAUCAAAUCAGAUAGAUUUAGUUCAAACAGAAGUGAAAGUAAAGAAGAUGAACCUUGAGACAAAUUUUGGACAAUACAUCCAAAUGGUGACUAUUAUAGUCAAUUAACUCAAUAUAGUCACAAGCCCUUAAUAAACAACCUACAUUCAAAUUAGGUAACUUAAUAAACCAGAAAGUGCCUGAAUUCAUGGUUUUUCCACUGCCGUAAAAAUCCAAACAGUUCACACUGAGAUAUAUUCAACUAUAAUCUUGACUAACAGGUCCAAGUUAAACAUAUGCAAUAGGUCCAUAACGUGUUGUGCCAAACUUUCCAAAUAUGAUUUAAAGUUAUACAAGAGUAUUAUUUCGUCAUGUACUGGUGUAAGCAGACAAUAAACGUGAAAUAGAAUAGCCUCAACAUCAUCACUGAGAGAUUUGUGGCACUUAUUCUUUUCUCACACUUUUCUACCUGGAAGUAUUGGUAUUUCUCCUUUUAUGACGGGAUCUGCUAUCGAUGCUAAGAUUAAACCAACUCUGUCUUGGAAUGGUCGGAAUGUGUUGGAUGACUUGAAGAAAAGCAAAAGAGGAUGGAGGUGAAACAGCCGUAGAAAGUAGUCCUUAACAACUUGACGUGUAUUGUAUUUUGCCUGGAAAAAGUGGAGCGUUUUAAGGAAGGAAAUGUCUGAAGGAAGUCAAACAAUCUGAUAUAAAUGCUGCUUAGCCCACAUGGCAGCACUUAUCAGGAACUGUCUGAAUGAACAAUUUCAAUUUGUGCUUCAAUCAUUUGUCUAAGUCAAUUGAAUUUAAGAUGGAUUGUGCUCCCGUGAUAAGGAGUAUUAUGGUUAGAUUAGCCUUAAUAUAGAACUAUACAAUUUCUUAACAAUGACUUAUGUUUUCUUUGCAAGUUAACAAAGGCUUAAACACUGUACUAAUGAGGUUCUAUACUGUCUUCAUGUAAUCCUGAUAAUGAAAACAUAUCGUAUAGUGUCACAGAAAAGAUAAACCAUAGACACAUGCUUAAAACAUAAAUGAAAAUCCUAGAAAAAUUGUUUGCUCAAACAAUUGAAAUGGAAUGAUUUGUCUGAAUUGUAUUCCUUUGCCCAUCUGAUAAACUAUGUCAACAAAAUGAGUCAAAACAUUUGAAGUAAAUGCUUAAGAACUGGUUCCUGUACUGCCAAUUGUAUAGCCAGUGCAUGCUCAUUAUUAAAUAUAUUCCAUGUAAUGCAUGAGUGUUAAUAUUUGAGAGCGCAUAGUCUUAUCUUGAAGGACAAUUUCAUACCAAGAGUCUCAGUAAAUGCUUCAUGGCUUCUAUUGUUAUGGUAAGAAAUCAGUGAGAAACCUAGGUGAGGGCUAAAGCCCAUAGUGCAGGACACUACCAAGGUUGAACAGAGUGGAUCUGAUAAAGAAACAGAGACUGAGUGAUGCCAAGUUAAGGGUUUGCCAUUAAUACAAAAUACCAUCAUUCCUGCCUGAGGUAAACAAUUCCAUUUCUGAUUAAACUGUAUUAAUAACACCCUCGCUUGGUCAAAAGAUCAUGCCAAGCUUUUAGUAAUGUAAUGGCCAGCCACUUUUAUUCCCUCCAUUUUUCAUGCCAUGGUGAAAUAAGAAUAAAUUGACUCAAUAUGGAUGCUACACUGUCACAACCACUAAUUAUUCAGAUCGAUUAUUGAGCUUGACACUUAAUGGUGAGGAUCCAUUUAUGCUGGGCUGGAUCAAGCAGAAUUAAAACCAGAAAGUUAUGCCUUUCAAAAUUAGUGCUUUACAUUUUAACAAUUUCUGAAGCCAAAACCGUAAAACAUUCAUAUUUGGGAGUUGUGGUACCAAAUGGUAAAAUCAGGUUGUUACAAAAGUGCCAUUUUAAUUUAACAUCUAAAUGAAGCAGAUACUGAAAUUCAAAGUGUUAUUCAUUAUUGAAAGUGAGCGUUUUUAUUAUUAUUCUGCUUAGUGCGUAAUAUAUAUUCUUUCCAAUGGUUUGAACUCUUCAUGAUCUGACAGUUGCUAUCGAUUAUAUAAUGCCAAGACCGGUUGCUCAAGGGAAGGAGGUUCGAGUAUUGUCCAAAUGUGAUUAACACCAAACUGGUAUUACCAUCGACGAUUCACCUCCUGAUAAUAGCUUUCUUCCCAAAAAAAUGGAGGAAUCUUUAAUCUGAGUAACCAACCGAACUAAAAUAACAUCAAAAUCUUCAUUUAUGGACAGCCAAUUUUUUUACUCAUAAAAUGCUGAAAAACGCAGCCCUCUAUUGUAUAUGUAUGAAUAAAGGCAUUAUAUCAUCUUAGCAAUGACUAUAACUAUUAAAUGGUGAUUAUAUACCCAGCAACUGCAAUAAUACAAACAAUGCUUUAUUCCAAUCUUAAUCAACUCAGAAACAAGCAUUCAACCACCAACUAUCAACACUGUCAUGUUGAUUUUAUAAAGUGUGCCGUUGGGAGUGAAACAUUUGAAGUAAUAUAGGUGUUGCAUUUUUCCCUCUUUUGUUAUCACAACAUUAAUGUACUAGUAAAGCUAAAAAAUGACUGCAGUGGCCUUUUCGUGCAUACUGUCUUAUCUUGGAAGAGUUAGGAACCGAAUGAAGUAAACAUGUACCACUAUACCAAA